UCCUUUAAUUGUAAUUUGUGCGCAUGUGCGAGGCGUGUUACUUCCUUGCAUCUGAACAUUGGCGAAGCAAGCGAGCCCUGUCCACUAUCGUCGGUGCAGAGCAACGCGUUACGGAAGGGCGCACAAGUGGUGAAGUCACGCCAGGGACCCAGCGGAAAUGUCUGAAAGUGGGACUCAGGAGCCCGCGGAGCCCCUGAACGGCGGCGGCGGCAGCGGCAGCCCGACGAAACGAGCACCGAGACCGCCGGUCGGCAACAAAGUAACGGUGGUACUCGGGGCUCAGUGGGGCGACGAGGGAAAAGGAAAAGUUGUGGAUCUCCUGGCACAAGAUGCGGACAUAGUAUGCAGAUGUCAGGGCGGCAACAACGCUGGACACACAGUGGUGGUUGACUCAGUGGAGUACGAUUUUCACCUCCUCCCCAGCGGCAUCAUCAACCCCAAGGUCACCGCUUUCAUUGGCAACGGUGUAGUGAUCCACCUUCCAGGCCUGUUUGAAGAGGCAGAAAAGAACGAACGCAAAGGAAAAAGUUUAAAAGGCUGGGAGAAAAGGUUGAUCAUCUCAGACAGAGCACAUAUUGUGUUUGACUUCCACCAAGCGGUCGAUCGCGUUCAGGAACAGCAGAGACAAGAGCAAGCAGGCAAGAACCUCGGGACAACAAAGAAGGGGAUUGGUCCAGUGUACUCGGCCAAGGCAGCACGUAGCGGCCUCAGGAUAUGUGACCUGUUGGCUGACUUCACUCAGUUCUCUGAAAGGUAUAAAGUUCUGGCCCAGCAGUACGAGGCCAUGUACCCGACUCUAAAGAUUGACAUCGAAGGAGAGCUGGUCAAAUUAAAGAAUUACGUGGAGCAGAUCAAGCCCAUGGUGAGAGACGGGGUGCACUACAUGUACGAGGCUCUCCAUGGUCCUCCAAAGAAGAUUCUGGUGGAAGGAGCCAACGCGGCGCUGCUGGACAUAGACUUUGGGACGUAUCCGUUCGUGACAUCGUCCAACUGCACGGUGGGCGGGGUGUGCACGGGUCUCGGCAUGCCGCCUCAGAACGUGGGUGAGGUGUACGGGGUCGUCAAGGCCUACACCACCAGAGUGGGCAUCGGAGCUUUCCCGUCAGAGCAGAGCAACGAGAUUGGAGAACGGCUUCAGACUCGGGGGAAGGAGGUGGGAGUGACCACAGGCAGGAAGAGGCGAUGUGGUUGGCUGGAUCUGGUGCUCAUCAAAUAUGCACACAUGAUUAAUGGUUUUACCGCUAUAGCUCUUACCAAACUGGACAUACUUGACGUGUUCUCGGAGAUCAAAGUGGGCGUAGCGUACAAAGUCGGCAACCAAACUAUACCUCACUUUCCAGCUAAUCAGGAGGUGUUGCAGUGUGUGGAGGUCCAGUAUGAGACGCUGCCCGGCUGGAACAGCGACACCUCGGCUGCUAGAACCUUUGAGGAGCUGCCAGAGAACGCCCAGAAAUAUGUCCGCUUCGUUGAGGAGCGCGUGGGAGUGCCUGUCAAGUGGAUCGGAGUAGGCAAGUCUCGGGAGUCCAUGAUCCAGCUAUUCUAGACAGAGGGAGGAGAAACCCAAGCAAAGAGGAUGCACAGCAGCGAAUCAACUCUACCCUUCGUCCCUCACCCCCCUCCAACCCCCCCACUCACACACAGCCUACCUACCUGUCUCAACACUCCAACAGAGACAUGAGCAUCAUGUCCGUUUUUAACACUAUACCACUGUAUCAUCAGACCCUUCCCAUGUAACAGGCCAGACCUCUUUGGAUCAGACUCCCAUCAGACUGAACUCCGUGUAUGAAUGGUUCCCAGCGUCUGCAUCUGGAUUUUAAAGCCGUUUUAAAACUUUAGGAUUACAGUUUCACACUGAAGUCCCUCGUUUAUUUGUCCCUGUUUAUAUCGUAGCCAUUUAUUUCAGACACACAAUACACUCGGCAACACCAGCUGCCGUCAGGUCUGAUAAAGGACAUGAAGGGGGACACACAUUCACACUCACACACACACCCACAGAUACAGAUACAGACACGGGUUAACUCCCCGGAGGAACUGUUCAUGUAUGUUAGGUCAAACUUUGUGUAUUUUUGUUAAUCUAUGCUGUGUUUUAAAUGCGCUGUGCCAGUCUGUUGUAAAUCAGUUUAAAAGUUUUAACCUCCGCACUUUAGAUGCUUCGGACUAUACCUGCUUUAUGUUUUAUUCUGCCAGAUGUACAGCACAUCCUGACAUGAUAAAGGGAUCCUUUAAUAUUUUAAAUUUUGUCUUUUUAUGUUUUGUUUUUUCAUCGUCAGACGCACGUUUGGAGUAAAGACGUCUUAUAUUGCCUUGUCGUUCAACCAAAAAAAAAAAAAAAAAAAAAGAGCUUUUACAUUUCUUGCAGCGAGGAAUCACUUCCACUGAGUGCUGUUGGUUGAAAGGUUGGUGCUCAUCUUUCUGCAUUGUGAUGAUACACAUGUUUCAGGUAUUAUUUUGACAGGUGAGUUUUCCUUUAAGCAGUGUAACUCCCUUUUUUUUUUUUUUCAAAUGGAAAUCAACCCAGCAGGCCAGAGUCUCUUCACUUACAUCAUUGUGAUUGUUUCUUGUUAUCAUUAUUGAUUUCUUUGCAUUUGUAGUACACUAUUCUGUUACAGAGUACGGGGAAGACAAACAAAAAUAGAGUCAUGAUGAUUUUUCAACAAAGAAAAGUAUGAAUAUGGAUUGAUAGAUAUAAGACAGUUGGUCAUCUUUUUCAUCUUUUCAUCCAGUCUUCUGACGUUGUUAAACAACAGGUCAUUAAUACAAGGAAAAUAAGAAAUGUCUAGUCUUGGAGUGGACUGUAUGUUCGAUAUUAAAGCUUGUCAUCCAGCAAAAUGGCAAACAAGCCAAUCAGAGCUACCUGAUGGUUUGGUGUCACAGAUGGAAAAUGAUACUGUAAUGUGUAAAAUUCCUGCAGUUCAUGGUGUGAAUCAGGUUUUGCAUACUGCUAGAUGUGAAGAUAUUUAGAUUAUGUUAAAUCCAGUGAUUCAGUACUGCACUUCUAUGAAGUAGGAGGACUAAAAUGGGAUAUAUUCUCAAAAAUCAAAGCAGCAGAGGCUAAGAUGUUCUGACUUUUAGUCACUUAUACAGGUCUCCUCUAACACUGGAUCUGACAUUUUCCAUCAAUGCUGCAUUCACAACAAAUGGGAUGGUCGGUAGAAAUGGGAAAGAUUCCCAUGCUGACGACUUGGGAGUAUUCACAUUUACGACGAUUGUAUUGUUACAGAAUUUGUCAGAGUUAAAAAUACUGUGCAUAAACCAUAUAAGACUAUUUACAUCCAUUAAAUGUGGGUUUAUUUACAUUUAAUGACAGA